AUGCCUCAUAUUUCGCCAAAGACCAUCAUCAUCUUGGGGGGCAGUGGAUUCCUUGGAAGACACAUUUGCGAGCUUGGGUCGUCCCUUGGCCACAAGAUGAUCUCGUUGUCCAGAUCUGGAGGCCCCGACACAUCUUGUGCCGCAAAUGCGGUCGAAUGGAGGAAAUUUGACAUUUUCGAUGCAAUGCCCGACUCGUGUGUCAAUGUCGACCAGCUGGAUGCCGGCGUGAAAGACAUCUUUUCCAAUGCCGAUGCGGUGAUCCAUUCGAUGGGCAUUUUGUUUGAACCCAGCUUCUUUGACUACAAAAAGAUCCUCAAUUGCAAUGCCUCACAACUGACAUCUACUAAAGACACCUAUGAGCUAAUAAAUAGAGAUUCGGCGCUCAAACUUGCCAUGCUUGCAUACCAGUUUCCAUCUAUAAAGACGUUUGCGUUUGUAUCGGCGUGUCAUGCUUCUUUCCCCUUCAUCCCAGCGCGGUAUCUUUCCGCAAAAAUUGAGGCAGAAAAGGGAGUCUCCUCAUUAGACCGCUUCAGGACCUUGAUAUUCAGACCUGGAAUGAUAUCUUCGCCAGAUCGACCAAUAACUGCCGUCGCAUCCUCUCUUUCAACAUUGUUUCGUUCGAUUCCCAUAUUACCAGAUAUGUGCCCAAGUUGGGCUAAGGCUGAACCUUUGCCUGCCACCGCCGUGGCAAAGGCCAUCAUAUGCGCAAUCGAUGCUGAUGGAACGACGCCCAGUACCGAAAUCUUUGAAAUCGACGAUAUCAAGCAAGAUGUUGGCCAUUAA